AUGCUCGAAACAAUUAAAGCAAUUGGCGUUCUUGAUUACGAUAAAUGGUUGGAGCCAAAGAGGUUUGAUUAUACUCCACGGGAUAUGCGUCCAGUGGAUGUUGAUAUCAAGAUUAUUGCUUGUGGAAUUUGUGGAUCUGACAUCCACUGUGCAAAGGGUGACUGGGGUAGGCCAUAUGCUCCGAUAGCCGUUGGUCAUGAAAUUGUUGGACAUAUUGUUGCCCUAGGUGAUGAAGUUGAUAAGUCCAAAUUUCACAUAGGGGACCGGGUUGGUGUUGGCGCCCAGUGUGACUCGUGUAGCAGUUGCUGGAGGUGUGUCAACGGGUUCCAAAAUAAUUGCGAUGAGCAACAGACUACCUAUGGUUCCACUUACCCCGAUGGAACAAAUAAUCAGGGUGGUUAUGCCAACUAUAUUAGGAUAAGCAACAGAUUUGUGUUUAAGAUUCCAGAUGCUUUGGAUACUCUCAGUGCAGCUCCUUUGAUGUGUGGUGGUAUCACAGGUUUCAAGCCAUUGCUUAGUGCUGGUGUCAAGAAGGGUACGAAAGUUGGCGUUCGAGGUAUCGGUGGUAUUGGUCACAUGUGCAUUUUGUUUGCGAAGGCUAUGGGUGCAGAGGUUACAGCAAUUUCAAGAAGCGAUCGCAAGAAGGAACUCGCUAAGAAGCUGGGAGCAGAUCAUUAUAUUGCCACCUCGAACCCUGAAUUUCCUGCUUCCUAUAAAGACAAAUUCGAUGUCGUUGUUAACACUGCUUCGACCUUUGACGCCUCGCAGGUGAAGUCUGUUAUGUCGACGUUGAGACCCAGUGGUAAGUUUGUAUUCAUUACUGCUCCUCCUAUUAGCGUUAAACUUGAAUUCGAGCCUUUCUUCAUGUUGCAUGGAAGUUAUUCAAUUGGCGGUUCAGCAAUUGGCUCUCCUGCUGAUAUCGAGUACAUGUUGCAAUUCGCGGCAGAUAACAAGAUUAAACCUUGGGUGGAGACGAUGGAUAUAAACGAGGCCGAUGUUUGUACUGCUUGGAAGAGAAUGGAGUCUGGUGAUGUUAAGUUCAGAUUUGUUCUCACAGGCUAUGACAAGUAUUUUGUAUAG